GUGGUCAAGCCGUCUAUGAUAUUUUGACGCGACUUACGAAUAUACCUCGAUCAUGAACUCUACCCAGUCUCCUCAUUGGCUCCAAUCCUUUCUCGCACCCUUCGUUACGCUCUCAUACCCGACUAGCCCACCAGCUACGCCAGAUUCGUUCAAGAACUCAUCCUACUACGCUGGCGGACCCCUCGAUGGCUGCCUUAUGAUUACCUGCAUAGCGGUCAUGGCCGUGUUGCGCGACGCGCUCCGCUUGGGCGUUUUCGAACCUUUUGCGCGGUGGUAUCUGAUGCGCGAGCUGCUGAAGAGUAAGGCGAAGCAGAAUGGGCACGUGAACGGGCAUGCGAACGGGCAUGCGAACGGGUAUGCGAACGGGUAUGCGAAUGGGCAUGCGAACGGGCACGCGAACGGGCAUGCGAACGGGCACGUUAAGAGCAAUGGCUCCGCCAAUGGACACGCACAUCGGGCUGGCGGACCUGUUAUAACGAAGCAGGAGGCACGGAAGCUACGACGAAGCGUCAUGCGCUUUGCAGAACAGGGCUGGUCGGUCGUGUAUUACACUCUGCAGUGGCUGUAUGGCCUGUAUGUGCACCGAAGCCUCCCGACAUCGCUGCUGAACCCUAUAGACGUCUGGAUUAAUUAUCCCCACAUGCCCUUGGCGGGUCCGCUCAAGUUCUAUUACCUGACGCAGUGCGCCUUCUACCUCCACCAAGUCCUCAUCCUCAAUGCCGAGGCACGUCGCUCCGACCACUGGCAAAUGAUGACCCACCAUGUUAUAACGAUCGUGCUCAUGCUCGGCAGUUAUUCCUACAACUUCACGCGUGUUGGAUGUCUUGUGAUGAUGCUCAUGGACUGCUGCGACAUUUUCCUUCCCCUUGCAAAAAUGUUCCGCUACCUCACUUUCUCGACGUGCUGUGACGUGACUUUCGUUGUGUUUAUGCUCUCUUGGCUUGUGACGAGACAUUUCCUGUUUCUGUUCGUCAUUAGGUCCACGUACUACGACGCCCCUAGAUCAAUAUCUGGCGUUUGGGAUCCUUCGACCGGUUACUUUAUGACUAAGGAAGUGUUAACUGUCUUUAACGCCAUGCUUGUUUCGCUGCAGAUUAUCCAGCUUGUUUGGUUCUGGAUGAUCUGCCGCGUUGCCUACGGCGUCGUUAUGGGCAAAGGUGCGGAAGACACUCGCAGCGACAGCGAAGACGACGGCGCGGAUGAAAACGAGGAGACAAAGAAGGAGCGUUGAAUUAGACCAGUUAGACCGACUUGCCCUCCUUUUCUGGGUAAACGCGCAGUGCGCUGUGAUGCCAGUGCUUGGCUUCUAUCCUACGUGUAAUAGCUUGCAUUGGCCCCUUAAUCAGUGCUUUAUCUUAUGCACGUGGACAUAC